AUGACGAUGUUUGCCUGGCUUUGGACCAUGCCUUGGGCAGAGGAGCGGAAAAUCGAGCUCACGGAAAACCAAGGUUUCGCAGCGGGCCAGACGGGCGAGUACUUUCGAUACAAGCACAUAUUCCACAAGAAGCCCAGUGAUGAGGACUUCCAACAUGCUCAGCAGGUUGCUGAAGAGGUUCGGUGCGUGGUGUGUGCCAAAAUCCUGGCAUCGCUGCUGGGCAAGGCUCGGUCGUUCAGCGAGGACGACAUAGCAGAUGUUCUAGAAGGCAACACCGAGUACGAGCGGACUGGCGACCAAGUCACAGACCAAAUGCUCAAGCACAAGCGCGGGUGCAACAAGCACUUCAAGGAGGGCCGUAGGUUUCCAAUCAGGCUCCGAGAACAGGAUUGA